AUGUCCAGUCCCGAUGCCAACGAGGUGUUGUUCGCCUACAUCGCAGUAGCCUCUCAUGCAGUGAGCUUAGUGCUAAUCCGAGAAGACAACGGCACGCAGCGACCCGUCUAUUACGUGAGCAAAUCACUGCAGGAGGCAGAGACCCGGUAUCUCCCCCUCGAAAAAGCUAUCUUGGCCAUCGUACAAGCCACGCAAAAGCUCCCCUACUAUUUUCAGGCACAUACUGUAGUUGUGCUAACUCAACUUCCGUUGAAGUCUGUCCUCCGCAGCGCCAACUGCACAGGCAGAAUUGCAAAAUGGGGAAUGAUUUUGGGAACUUUCGACAUUAGAUACAUGCCUCACACCGCUGUAAAAGGUCAGGUCCUUGCCGAUCUAGUAGCUGAAUUUGCGAAGCCCACACUAGAAGGAAAGGAAGUGUCGGGAUCACUAAGUGCUAAUGAGAAAUUAAUCAGCGCAGUCUCUCAGUAUGAACACAAUUGGUGGAAAGCACACAUCGACGGUGUAGCGAACCAAAGGGUCUCAGGGGUGGGACUCGUUCUGGUCUCUCCCGAAGGGAUAACCAUAGAAAAGUCUUUGAGGCUCGGAUUCUCAGCCACGAAUAACGAAGCCGAGUAUGAGGCGCUAUUGGAGGGAAUGUUAAUGAUCCAGAAAUUGGGUGGAAAAUUCGUAAACAUGUUCUCGAAUUCGAGACUCAUCGUGGGACAAGUAAACGGGGAUUUGGAGGCAAAGGAUGAAAGAAUGCAAGAGUAUCUAGUCUGGGCUAAGCACCUGCAGACCCAUUUCUAUCACUUUCGUUUAACGCAUGUACCCAGGAGCGGGAACACCCAUGCUGAUUCUCUUGCAACGCUGGCCACUUCCUCGGCUCAGCCACUUCCUCGGGUUAUUUUAGUAGAAGAUCUCUACCGCCCAACAACAGAGAAGGCCAACAGAAUUCGGGUACACAACGUCAGGGCAGGACCUAGCUGGAUGGAUCCUCUGGUGCUGUUCUUAAAGCACGACACCUUACCAGACGAUAAGGUUGAGGCCGACAAAAUCAGGAGGAAAGCUUCUCGAUUCUGGUUGUCCGAGGACUCCAAACUUUACAGACGCUCGUUCUCAGGGCCAUACCUGCUGUGUGUGCACCCAGAGGCUACUGAAUUCAUCCUGGAAGAGUUACACGAAGGAAUUUGCGGAAGUCAUACGGGGGUUAAUGGCAGAAUAGACAUCCAUUCAUGA